GUACCGAGCUCUAACAUCUUCAUCGAUGUCCGGAAGACAGGGCGGCAAGCUGAAGCCUCUAAAGGCGCCAAAGAAGGAUAAGAAGGACGAGGAUGAAGAGGACAAGGUUUUCAAGGAGAGAAAGAAGGCUGAGGAGAAAGCUUUGAAAGAGGCCCGUGAAAAGGCUGCUAAAGGAGGAGCGCCUGGCGGUGGAAUCAAGAAAUCGGGGAAGAAGUAGAGGCCGCCUACUAACGCUGGACAAUCCAUCUGUCACGUACGGUCCCUGAUGUCUUUAAUCUCGAGGUGCAGAGCGUCCCCUGAGGAUACGUCCGUUUAUCGCUCUCAGGCAGAUACUGGAAGAUGUAAAGAUCGCUUUCUGGACUGUUCCGCGGCCGACAGACGUAUUUAUGGUUUACACGCGUCCGUCGCGAGUUUCGUAUAUUGUGAGGACGAAACGCAUGGCGUAUUUGUUCCAUAACGAGGAUGGCGCUCCAAAGAUCCAUUCGGCGUUCGAUCAUCGCUUG